AUGCUUAAUAUGGAUAAUAAUGGACAAUUUCGUCAAAAACUUCUUCGUGCUGAUGCUGAAGCAGGCAGUGUCGAUCCAUGUCAUCGAUUACUUAUGUUAAAAUUUGUUCAUUUACUUGAUGAUGCUGGAUAUAGUGUUGAAAAAAUGAAUGGUACAAAAACAUCAGUACAUAUUGGGCAAUUUUCAACAGACCAUUCACUUGCGACAACUCGUAUGAAACCUGAACAUCGAUCAAGAUUUCAUGGACCUAAUACUUUAUUAUAUAAUGCGUCAGCUCGUUUAUCAUAUCAUUUUAAUUUACAAGGUCCGAAUGUAUCACUAGAUGUUGCUUGUUCAUCAUCAUUCGAAGCUUUACAUAUGGCUGUACAAUGUCUUCGUACAAAUGAAGCUGAUAUGGCUGUAUGUGGUGGUGUUAAUGGAGUAUUUGCACCAGAAAAUUUUUUUCAAAGUUCACUUAUUGGUGCACAAUCACCUGAUGGAAGAAGUCGAUCAUUUAGUGCUGAUGCUAAUGGUUAUGCUAAAGGCGAUGGUCUUGGUCUUUUAUUAUUGAAACGAUUAAGUGAUGCUGAACGUGAUGGAGAUCGUAUAUAUUGUGUUGUUCGUGAUGUACUUAGUGCUGCUGGACAAGAACGUUUAUUAGCAAAUAUUUAUUCAAGAAAUAAUUAUGAUACAAGAAGAAUAUUAUUUGUUGAAGCACAUGGUACAGGUACACCAGUUGGUGAUCCAAUUGAAGCAAAUGGUUUAGGUCGAUUUUUUAAUCGAUCAAAUCUUGAUCCACCAUUAUUAUUAGGUUCAAUUAAAAGUAAUUUAGGACAUACAGAAGGUGCAGCUGGUGUUGCAUCACUUAUUAAAGUAGCCAUGUGUAUGCAUUAUCGUGGUAUUACGCCAAAUAUGCAAUUUACUUCACUUAAUCCAAAAAUAGAAGCACAAAAAUAUAAUCU